CACACCUUCAUCAACUAGUGCGCCUCUACCAUGACCACUCGUCAAACGAAGACAAUCACCUCUGCGGACGGCACCCGCAUCUAUGCCCUCGCUGGUGGUGACCCCAGCAAACCUGCCCUCAUCUGCAUACACGGCUUUGCCUCGACCUCGUUCGCUUUCAGCAAGCAGUUCGAAAACCCCGCGCUCCUCAGCAAAGUCUUCCUCGUUGCAUACGACAUCCGCGGCAGUGGGCAGAGCGACAAGCCUGUGGAGGCCGAAGCGUACGACGGCGCGCGGCUUGCAGGGGACUUCAAGGCCGUGUGCGACGCGUUCGGCAUCGUGAGACCUGUGCUGCUCGGGUGGAGCCUCGGCGGCACGGCGUUCAACAGCGUCGCGGGCCACCUCCCGCCGGGGUACGUCCGUGGAGUGAUCUACAGCGGCGGUGCAAUUCCGACGCGCGCGAUCCAUGCGGAUUACGCGUCCGAAUGGCUCAAGCGCAUCCUGCCAGAGCUGCUCAGCACGGACACGACCGUCAUGUCGCGGGCGAGCAUCGAGUUCGUCGACUGUCUUUUCGCGCGGCCAGAGCGAGUGCCUUAUGAGGCCAAGGUGCGAUGGCUUGGCGAAAUCAUGCUCGCGCCGCCGGCGACGCGCGUGCGCCUGGAAGCAGGGAGCCGCGCGCUUAACACCACGAAGUGGGAGACAGCGAUCAAGAGUAUGCGGCUGCUCGUCCUACAGGGGCGCGAGGACUGUUUCGCCGAGAACGACAAGAUAGAGAAGCAACUCAAGGAGCGGUUCGGCGACCAGCUGCAGUUCGUGUGGAUCGAGGGUGUAGGGCACAUGCCGUUUUGGGAAAAGACAGAGGAGCACGACGCUGUCGUAGUAAGGUAUAUCGAGAGUUUGGGCGCAUAGUGUACUAGAGGUAUACUGCAACGCGAAAUACGGACUGCUCGAAAACUCUGCACGAACAAGUAUUUCACUUGAACAUGCC